AUGGUUUCAAAAUUAUUAAGAAAAUUAAAACUAAAAACAAGUAUACGUAAUAAAAUAGCAAUAUUAUUUAUUUUUUCAUGUUGUUUUAUAAGUGUCUUUUAUUUAAUAUCAAAAAUUCAUUCAACAACAAAUGAAUAUAAUAGAAGAUCAUUAAAACAAAAUGAAAAUAUUAAUGAAUUAUAUUUAAUAAGUAAAUUUCUAUAUAUUUAUAAUGAAACAUCAAAUAUUGAAAAAAGAAAAAAUCUUAAUACUUUAAAUUUAUUAUUUUUAUCAAAACAAAAAGAACAAACAAAAGUAUUUUUAUGUAUUUCAAAAAAUAAAAAUGGAGAGAUUUUGAAAUCAAAAUUAAAUUUUUCUCUUCUUGACCUUUUAACAAAGGAAACCUAUUUAUAUGAAGGAAGUUGUAAAAUUUUAACAAAUUAUAUUUCAUUCUUUAUUGAAAUUAAUAAAAAAACUAUUGAAAUUGAGGAGGCAACUGAAAUUAUUCAUGUCCCAUUGAAAGUAAAAGAUAAAAGUGUUUGUAUUUUGCCUUUAUUAUUAUUUAGUAAUACAGAUUAUCUUAAAAAUGUUGUUGAAUAUUAUAAAACAAAUUUGUAUACUAAUAUUGAUAUUUAUGGAAUAAGUUUAAAAAAUGAUACAAAUAAUAUUCUUGACUAUAAGUAUGAUUUUGUUAAAAAUCAUCCAUGGUUUAUUUUUAACACAAAGGAAACAUUAAAUGUGAUAAGAAAUUUUCAUACUAUUUCAUUUACAAAGAAUAAUGUUAUUGAAUCAAUGAAAUCUGCCAUUUUUGAUUGCUAUUUUAGGUAUAAAGAUAUAUCAAGUGAAAUAAUAUUUUUGAAUCUUAAUAAUUAUUUUCCUAUGGGAACUAAUUAUUCAUAUAUUAAUGAAAUAUUUGUUUCACCAGUAAUAUUAAAAUCAAGUAAUAAAAAUAUAACUGAAAAUGAUAGUUCACAAAUAUUAAAAAAUAUUAAUUUUAAUUUACAACAAAAUAAUAAUACAGAUAGUAAGAAUAAUUACUUAAAAAUAAUUGAAACUGGUGAAUGUUUUUGUAUUAAUGAAUGUAGUGAUGUUUGUGGUAAAUUUAACUCUGAAAAUAUAAUCAUUAUUAAUGUUAAAAAUCCCAACAAAAAGGAAAAUAAAAUUAAUGACAAAUUAAUAUCAAUGAAUGAUUUUGAUCUUAUCGAGACAGAAUAUUUUGAAACAAUGCUUGUAAAUAAAUGUUCACUUCUUUUUCAAGAUCAAUCAUCAGUAGAAAAUAAUUUAGAACAAAAUAAUAAUAAAGUAGCACAAACAUUUAAUAAUGUUUUACGAUACUUUCAAUCUACCCAAUAUAUUAAUGAGGAAAAAAAAUGUAUCUUGUCAUUACUUUUUGAUAAUAUGCCAUGUAUUGUUUCAAAUUUAUCAUUUAAUAAUUUACUUAAUAUUACCAAUUUAUAUUUGCCAUUUAAUCAAUCUUUUACAACUUUUAAUGAUGGCUGUCAUUUUUAA